UUCUGCAGCGCGGCACAUCUGGUUCCGGUUUCUCUCCUGGGGGAAGUGAAAGUGGAGGGGAAGAGGCAGUUAGCUGGAGUUAGCCGGCCGUGCUGGGGGGGCCCCCUGCCCCUCCUGCUCCGCCAGGGCCCCCCAAGCCUGAGCUCCCCGCUCCCCUCCUGCUCGGGUCACGCGGCGGCCAGCGCUGCUGCCGUCACGUCCUCGGUCCCUCCAGGAGCUGCUGCCUCAGCCUCCUGUCUUUCGGCGCACCCUCUGCCCCAGCCCGAACUUUGCGUGGACUUUAGAUAGGCAAUGGCUCCCGUGCCGGGUUGCCGGCUGCAGGAUUCGGAGGAGGGCAGGCCCAGGAGCGCAGGUGCCUUGGCUGGGGAUGCCACCAGAGUCCCGCCUAAAUGGCCUGUGUCCCCACCAGCACUCCCGCUCCCCAUCCUCCACUGCUGGCUGGGGCCCGGUUCCCGUUCUCUGGCAGUGGAUGGCGGAGGAGGGGGCCCCUUCCCUAGAGUUAAAUCAGGAGGCUGACGCCGGCUCCUGGCCUCACUGCUCGCAUAGAGCUAAAUUUAGCCGGUGCUGAGGUUCGGUGUCCAGAGAGCAGGUUACCCAAGAGGCCCAGCUGCAGAUUUCUUGCUCCUUGUUUCCUGGCGGGAGAAUGACUGGGCCCUCCUGAAUCUCCCCCUGCCUUGGGCCUGAGGUUGCCGCUGGGUGGAUGCUGUGCUGGCACCUGCAGUGGGACCCUCACGUUGCCCUCACAUACCCGCCCCCCCCACAGGCUGACUUCCGCUGAGCCCCAGCUUCCCCUAUGCUGUUUGAGGAAGUAAACUCCCUUCCCCUCUAUAGCACUCUCCAGGCCUCGCCUGCUGCAAACCACCCUCAGGGCUCUUCCCCAGCCGGCCGCACCCUGGGGCGUCCCAAGACCCUGGGGUCUCCUUCUCCCUGGGGUUGGGCAAUGGAGGCAGAUGCAGUGAGUGAGGGGGGGGCCAUGGCAGAGGAGCGGCCCCCCCGGCUGGUGGAUUACUUCGUGGUUGCUGGGCUUGCUGGCAACGGAGCCCCCAUGCCCGAGGAUGCACGGGUCCCUGACCCCAGCGGUCCGCUGCGCCCCGGCCGGCCUGCAGAGCCCAUCACAGAUGUGGCCGUCGUUGCCAGAGCCCUGGGCGAGGAGGUGCCCCAGGGCUACACAUGCAUCCAGGCUUCGGCUGGGGGCCAUCCCUUGGAACUCAGUGCUGGGCUGCUGGGAGGAACACAACCUGUCAUCUGCUACCGCAGGGGCCGUGACAAGCCCCCCCUUGUGGAGCUGGGGGUUUUAUAUGAGGGCAAGGAACGUCCCAAGCCCGGCUUCCAAGUGCUGGACACAACACCCUAUAGUCACUCUGCUAACCUGGCCCCUCCAGGCCCUGGGCACCCCCGCACCUACCUCACAUACCGGCGGGCAGCAGAGGGGGCAGGACUGCAUGCCCUGGGCAUCACUGACCUCUGCCUGGUGCUGCCCAGCAAGGGCGAGGGCACUCCCCAUACUUACUGCCGGUUGCCACGCAACCUCAACCCUGGCAUGUGGGGCCCAGCUGUGUACCUGUGCUACAAGGUGGGCUUGGCUAAGGGCAACACGCUGGUGUAUGAGGCAGAACUGCUGGGCCGCUAUCCGGAGGAGGACAACGAGGCAUUCCCGCUGCCCGAGUCUGUGCCCGUCUUCUGCCUCCCCAUGGGGGCCACUAUCGAGUGCUGGCCCGCCCAGACCAAGUAUCCCGUGCCUGUCUUCUCCACUUUUGUGCUGACGGGUGCCGCUGGUGAUAAGGUGUAUGGUGCCGCCCUGCAGUUCUACGAGGCGUUCCCCAGGGCCCGGCUGUCGGAGCGGCAGGCACGGGCACUGGGCCUGCUGAGUGCCGUGGAGCGGGGCCGGGCACUAGGCGGCCGAGCAGUGCGCAGCCGGCGAGCCAUCGCUGUGCUGUCCCGCUGGCCUGCCUUCCCUGCCUUCCGGGCCUUCCUCACCUUCCUUUACCGCUACUCUGUCUCGGGCCCUCACCGACUACCCUUGGAAGCGCACAUCUCCCACUUCAUUCACAACGUCCCCUUCCCUUCCCCACAGAGACCCCGCAUCCUAGUGCAGAUGUCUCCCUACGACAACCUGCUCCUCUGUCAGCCUGUGUCUUCGCCCCUGCCCCUCAGCGGUGCCAGCUUCCUGCAGCUGCUGCAGAGCCUGGGCCCCGAGCUGGCUGUCACGCUGCUGCUGGCCGUGCUCACGGAGCACAAACUGCUGGUGCACUCGCUGCGGCCAGACCUGCUCACCAGCGUCUGUGAGGCUCUCGUCUCGAUGAUCUUCCCACUGCAUUGGCAGUGCCCCUACAUUCCGCUGUGCCCACUGGUGCUGGCGGACGUCCUGAGCGCCCCCGUGCCCUUCAUCGUGGGCAUCCACUCCAGCUAUUUUGACCUGCACGAUCCCCCUGCUGAUGUCAUCUGUGUUGACCUGGACACCAACACACUCUUCCAGACGGAGGAGAAGAAGCCCCUGACCCCCCGGACCCUGCCUCGCAAACCCUACAAGGUGCUGCUGGCCACACUGACUAACCUGUACCAGCAGCUGGACCAGACAUACACUGGCCCCGAGCAGGAGGCCUCCUUGGAGUUCCUGCUGACGGACUACGAGGCGGUGUGCGGCCGCCGGGCCCGCUUGGAACGGGAGGUCCAGGGCGCCUUCCUCCGCUUCAUGGCUUGUCUGCUCAAGGGUUACCGCGACUUCCUGCGGCCACUCACCCACACCUCCGAGGGCGCCCGCGACGUGGACAACCUUUUCUAUCUUCAGGGCUUCCUCAAGUCCCGGGAGCGCUCCAGCCACAAGCUGUACUCCCAGCUGCUACACACGCAAAUGUUCUCCCAGUUCAUUGAGGAGUGCUCUUUUGGCUCUGCUCGGCAUGCUGCCCUGGAAUUCUUCGACUCUUGUGUGGACAAGGUGCAUGUGGAGCAGGAGAGGCCCGAGCCCACUCCACUGGUGGAGCUAGAAGAGCUAUCAGGAAGCGAGCUUACUGUCUUCAUCACGCCUCCCGAGGAGCCCCCGGUCACAGACAGCACUGAGCCCACCCCCCAGUUCUGCUACGAUGGCUUCCCAGAAUUACGGGCUGAGCUGUUUGAAUCUCCCCAGGAACAACCUGGUGCAUUGCCCAUGCCUGGCCCAUCCCGUAGUGCCCCCAGCAGCCCUGCCCCUCGUCGUACCAAACAGGAGAUGAAGGUGGCACAGCGGAUGGCACAGAAGCUAGCAGCGGUGCCUGAGCUGUGGGCCCGCUGCCUGCUGGGGCACUGCUACGGGCUGUGGUUCCUGUGUCUGCCUGCCUACGUGCGGUCGGCACCCAACCGUGUGCGGGCGCUGCAUACAGCCUACCAUGUGCUACGGGACAUGGAGAGCCGCAAAGCGGUGCUCCCGGAUGAGGUGUGUUACCGGGUGCUGAUGCAGCUCUGCUCACACUACGGGCAGCCUGUGCUGUCUGUGCGGGUCAUGCUGGAGAUGCGCCGCAUGGGCAUUGUGCCCAACACCAUCACCUAUGGCUACUACAACAAGGCCAUGCUGGAGAGCAAGUGGCCAUCUGGCACACCAGGUGGGCGCCUGCGCUGGGCCAAGCUACGCAACGUCGUCCUGGGGGCUGCUCAGUUCCGCCAGCCCCUGAGAGAACGGCGGCAGCGACAGCAGCAGCAGCAGGAGGAGGAGGCAGGCAGCUCCCAGACAGAGCCCUGUCUGGAGCGCCCCUCCCCCAGCCGCCCACUUCAGCGCCAGACUACUUGGGCUGGGCGAAGUCUGAGGGACCCAGCCUCCCCCGUGGGGCGCCUGGUGAAGAGCGGGAGCCUGGGAAGUGCCCGAGGGGCGCAGCCCACUGUGGAGACCGGCGUGGCCCACAGUGAGUGUCCUUGGCUGCCCCUCCAGACAGGUUGGCUAAGCACCUGCCAGGAGAAAGGGAGAGACUGUCGCCUUGGGGCAGUCAGGGCUAUGAAGGUUGGUGUGUGUCUGCUCAGGAAGGCAGCUGGAGGAGGCACCAGACACAACCUUCUGAUUCUCUUUUCCUCCUCAGUGAUAGAGGCCUUGGGGGUGCUGGAACCCCGGGGCUCCCCCGUGCCCUGGCAUGACGGAAGCCUCUCUGACCUGAGCCUCACCGGGGAGGAGCCGGUUCCCAGCGGCAGCCCGAGUGGCUCGGGCUCAGCCCUGAGUGCGCAGUCCACUGAGGCCCUGGAAGGGCUGAAUGGACGUGGGCCCAAGGCUGGGGGGCGUCAGGAGGAGGCUGGCACCCCACGGCGAAGCCUGGGUGCCCGCCUCCAGCAGCUGCUCACUCCCUCCCGCCGUGCCCCUGCCUCCCGCAUCCCCCCGCCGGAGCUACCCACAGACCUGCCUCCCCCAGCCCGCCGCAGCCCCAUGGACAGCCUUCUGCGGCCCCGGGAGCGUCCCGGAUCCACUGCUUCUGAGAGCUCGGCCUCUCUGGGCAGCGAGUGGGACCUCUCAGAAUCUUCUCUCAGCAGCCUGAGCCUCCGCCACUCCUCCGAACGCCUCAGUGACGCCCCUGGCUCGUUGCAGCCACCCUCCCUGGAGAUUCUGCUGUCCAGCUGUUCCUUGUGCCGUGCCUGUGACUCACUGGUGUAUGAUGAAGACAUCAUGGCCGGCUGGGCACCGGACGACUCCAACCUCAACACAACCUGCCCCUUUUGUGCCUGUCCAUUUGUGCCCCUGCUCAGUGUCCAGACCCUUGAUUCCCGACCCAGUGCUGCCAGCCCCAAGCCUCCUCCUGCUGGUGCCAGUGGCAGCAAAGAUGCCCCUGUCCCUGGGGGUCCUGGCCCCGUGCUCAGUGACCGCAGGCUCUGCCUCGCCCUGGAUGAGCCCCAGCUCUGUAACGGGCAUCUGGUGGUAAGGUUUGGGGGUACCUCCCGACGGGUAGACAGUGGGGCGUGGGCAUACCUGAGCCCGCUGGUGCUGCGCAAGGAGCUGGAGUCGCUAGUGGAGAACGAGGGCAGUGAGGUGCUGGCAUUGCCUGAGCUACCUGCUGCCCACCCUAUCAUCUUCUGGAACCUUCUGUGGUAUUUUCAACGGCUGGGCCUGCCCAGUAUUCUGCCUGGCCUGCUGCUGGCCCCAUGUGAUGGGCCCCCACCCGGCCAGGCCCCAUCUCCCCGGCUGACCCCUGACCCAGCCUCUGUGCAGGUGCGCUUGCUGUGGGAUAUCCUGACCCCUGACCCCGAUAGCUGUCCACCUCUCUAUGUGCUCUGGAGGGUUCACAGCCAGAUCCCACAGAGGGUUAUGUGGCCAGGCCCAGUCCCUGCCUCCCUUAGCUUGGCAUUGUUGGAGUCGGUGCUGCGCUAUGUUGGACUCAAUGAGGUGCAUAAGGCAGUGGGGCUCCUGCUGGAAACACUAGGGCCCCCUCCCAGCGGCCUGCACCUGCAGAGGGGCAUCUACCGUGAGAUCUUAUUCCUGACAAUGGCUGCUAUGGGCAAGGACCACAUGGACAUAGGGGCCUUCGACAAGAAGUACAAGUCGGCUUUCAACAAGCUGGCCAGCAGCAUGGGCAAGGAGGAGCUGAGGCAGCGGCGGGCACAGAUGCCCACAGCCAAGGCCAUUGACUGCCGAAAGUGUUUUGGAGCACCUCUGGAAUGCUAGCGCCCCUUCAGCUGCCCUCUCCAGCCUCCGGUGGGGAGGUGAAGGGAGAGGAGUCCCAGGCUGAGCUGCUUCCCCACCCACUUCCCACAGAGGGCUUGGGGACAGGCCUGGAAGCCGCCUGUGCAGUCACAGACUCCGAGAGGGGGCAGCCAAGAGAGGGAACCUGCUGUCAGCGUGCGUCACCAUCCCUCCAUGGCCAGCCUGCCUGGUUUGUUCAUGAUGAUGUUGGGGGAGUUGGGACAGCUCCGUUCCUCCGCUGUGCUCGCCCAGGAACUCCCUUCCAGGGUACACACAGCUCAGCGCUGCCCUGGUCAUCUCAGAAGUUUUUGUUUUAAAAAACAACUGGAAAGCUACAGAGCUGCCGGAGGCGCCUCUGCCCUAGAGGGGAGGGGAGGGGUCUCAUCCCCCGCCGAUGGUGGGCGCUCGGUGGGCGCUCUUCCCCGGCGCUGUGGAAGGAGCCUGGGACUCUCCGCGCUUUUCUACCUUCGUGUUUGUAUUUUGUUUUAAGUUAUUUAUUCCAGAGCUGCAGCCUCCUUGCCAGUGAGGCUCUUGGGAAAGCAAGGGAGAGAAGGGAAACUGGAUGCCGUGACUCAGGGGGUUGUAGCUCCUGAAAGGGAGACAGGGGGUGCUCCUUCUUUGAGGUUUUGGUACCCCUUCUAGUCCUAAGCUUUCUUGUUCACUCCUGGAAACGCCUCACCCCCCCUCAAACACCGCCCAUCCCUGGGCCCCGGCCUGUGCAAUAAGAAUUGUUCCCUGCAAAGUUUUGCUGGAUGUAAAUAUAGUAAAAACCGCUUCUGUCUUUUUC